GUUCCUUUUUCCAUUAAUACAAUUGGGUUUAUAUAACUUCCAGCUAUCACCUCCUGGUCUUAACCAACUCCUCUUAACAACUCCACUCCUUGAUUGGAUUACCUGAAACUUCAAAACCAAGGAAACCAAAUCUAGUUCUCUCCUCUGUUUAAUCUAAACUGGUAUUAUCAUUUCUUCUUUUGCUUCUUCCAUCUAAAUUUCUCCGCUGGAAUACCUUCUCUGUAAAGAUAUCUUCUUUAGGAGGUGAUAGCAGUAGGCAGGAGUUCAGCAAUGGCACAGAUUCAGCUCCAUGGCACACUUCAUGCCACCAUUUUUGAGGUGGAUAAGCUGCACUUGGGAGGUGGCCCAAAUUUCACCGGUCCAAAAUUCUUGGCAAAGAUUGUGGACAAAAUAGAAGAACACAAAGCAUUAGGCAAAGGGAAUUGUAAACUCUAUGCAACAAUUGAUCUUGGAAAAACCAGAGUUGGCCGGACAAGAGUGCUCGAACGCGAAACUGUCCAUCCUAAAUGGUAUGAAUCUUUUCACAUUUACUGUGCUCAUAUGGCUUCUCAUAUCAUCUUCACUGUUAAAGAUGAUAAUCCCAUUGGGGCAACACUCAUAGGAAGAGCUUAUGUACCUGUUGAGGAAAUCCUUAGUGGGAAAGAAAUGGAUAAAUGGGUUGAGAUUGUAGAUGAACAACGUAAGCCUAUUCAUGGACGUUCAAAGAUCCAUGUCAAGCUACAAUAUUUUCCUGUUACUAGAGAUAUCAAUUGGUCAAGGGGAAUCAACAAUCCAAAAUUUUCCGGUGUUCCUUACACUUACUUCACACAGAGAGAGGGAUGCAGGGUUACUCUGUACCAAGAUGUUCAUAUCCCAAACAACUUCAUCCCCAAAAUCCCUCUUUCAGGAGGGAAGUACUAUGAGCCCCAUAGAUGCUGGGAAGACAUCUUUGAUGCGAUCAGUAACGCGAAGCACUUGAUUUAUGUAACUGGGUGGUCCGUGUAUACUAAGAUCACCUUGGUGAGGGACUCGACGAGGCCAAAACAUGGAGGAGACCUUACUCUUGGGAAGCUGCUCAAGAAGAAGGCUAGUGAAGGUGUAAGGGUUCUUAUGCUUGUCUGGGAUGACAGAACUUCUGUGGGUAUAUUCAAGAAUGAAGGAAUAAUGGGCACCCACGACACAGAGACCGAAGAAUUCUUCCGCAACAGUGAUGUUCAAUGUGUUCUGUGCGGUCGUGAUCCUGAUGUUGGUGAUAGCUUGGUUCAGGGCUUUCAGACAUCAACAAUGUUCACUCAUCAUCAGAAGAUUGUGGUGGUAGACAGUGAGAUGCCCUCUAUGGCCAGCAGAUCAUCAUCUCCGCAUAAAAGGAGAAUUGUGAGUUUUGUUGGGGGUAUUGAUCUUUGUGGUGGGAGAUAUGAUACACCAUUCCAUUCCCUUUUCAGGACUUUGAACACAAUUCACCAUGAUGAUUUUCAUCAGCCCAACUUCAAAGGUUCUUCCAUCCAGAAAGGGGGUCCAAGGGAGCCUUGGCAUGAUAUUCACUGUAGACUAGAAGGACCCAUAGCUUGGGAUGUCCUACACACCUUUGAGCAAAGAUGGUGGAAGCAAGGUGGGAAGAACCUUCUUGUUCAGCUCAACAAUUUACAAGACAUUGUUCCAUCAUCAUCCCCAAUUCCCGAAGACCAUGAAACAUGGAAUGUUCAGUUAUUUCGAUCCAUCGAUGGUGGUGCAGCUUUUGGAUUCCCUCAGACACCUGAAGAUGCGGCCAAAGCAGGGCUCGUUAGCGGCAAGAACAACAUCAUCGACCGAAGCAUUCAAGAUGCUUAUAUCAAUGCCAUUCGAAGAGCAAAGCAUUCCAUUUACAUCGAAAAUCAGUAUUUCCUUGGAAGCUCAUUCUCUUGGAAGCCAGAUCAUGACAUCAAGGUUGAAGAUGUUGGUGCCUUGCAUCUCAUUCCAAAAGAGAUCUCACUAAAGAUUGUAAGUAAGAUUGAAGCAGGGGAGAGGUUUGUUGCCUAUGUUGUGGUCCCUAUGUGGCCAGAAGGUAUUCCUGAAGAUGAUUCAGUCCAAGCAAUUUUAGAUUGGCAGAGAAGGACAAUGGAAAUGAUGUAUUCUGAUAUCACACAGGCCCUUAAAGCUAAGAGGCUUAAGGCAGAUCCCAGGGAGUACUUGACAUUCUUUUGCCUUGGCAAUAGAGAGAAGAAGAGGAGUGGUGAAUAUGAACCUUCAGAGAAACCAGAGAAUGGAACUGAUUACAGUAGAGCACAACAGGCACGGCGAUUCAUGAUAUAUGUUCACGCGAAGAUGAUGAUAGUCGAUGAUGAAUACAUAAUCAUUGGUUCUGCUAACCUCAAUCAGAGGUCAAUGGAUGGUGGCAGAGACUCAGAGAUUGCCAUGGGAGCAUAUCAGCCUCAUUAUCUAGCAACCAAGCAAAGGGCAAGAGGUCAGAUCCAUGGGUUCAGAAUGGCAUUGUGGUAUGAGCAUCUUGGCAUGCUUGACAAAUCCUUCCUCCAUCCUGAGAGUUUGGAAUGUGUUCAGAUGGUGAAUGGGGUUGCAGACAAGUACUGGGAUAUUUACUCUAGAGAGUCUUUAGACAAUGACCCACCAGGCCAUCUGCUUAGGUACCCAAUUCGAGUCGGUAGCAAUGGUGAAGUUACUGCGCUUCCAGGAUUCGACUGUUUCCCUGAUACAAAGGCUCGUGUUCUUGGUGCCAAAUCUUUGUUACUUCCCCCAAUCCUCACUACAUAGUAGGAUUUUUCAGAUGAUGUAAUUUCCACUUGUAUUCCUUGUUUGUAGUAUUGUAAUAAGCACAUUCAUGGUGCCAAAUCUUUGUUAGUUCCUCAAAUAUUCCCUACAUGUAUAGUAGGAUUGCUGGAAUAAAGUAGUAUCCCCUUGCUUUUAUUGCCAAAUCUUUGUACUGAAGCUAAUUGUCCUCAAUACAUUAUAGGGUUUAUAAGUUCUAGGGAAAAAACAAGCUACCUGGUCAAGUGCCCCCAGCACCAGUGCGGGAGCCAAUGAGAGCUCAAGCAGGGGCAUCAACACGAAUGGACUUUUUGAUUUAA